AAGCGCUCUGCCUCUUCCAAGUCAAAGCGAGUUGCUGCCCCGGACGGGCUGGGGGAGACCGGAGUGUGGGCGGUGGGAGAGGGGAGACCCCGGUCCUCCACACGGGGACAAGGAGUCCGGCAGGCAGCCUGUGAACCCAGCCACCGACUGGCAGAAGUUCGGCAGGGGAAGACGUGCCAAUAGAGACUCGACCGGUUGGAUUUCUUUCUGGUCUCGAGGGUCAGGGCCUCCUGGGGAUGCCGGCCCCAAGCACCGACGAGGCUGUCCCCACCGCAGAAGGGGUGCGAGAGAUCAUCCGGAAGGACCUCUUGGCCGCAGACCUGAAAUGCAGCCUUUUUGCCUCUGCCCUGCAGAGCUACAAGCGGGACUCGGUUCUCCGGCCUUUCCCAGGACACUACGCCUCGGAGGACAGCAAGGAUUUUGAGGCUCUGCUUGCAGAUACAAGUGCAUUAGGGAGCCUGCAAGAACUCUUGGAUUCUCCCCAAAAUCCUGACCAAAGAAACUUGGAGCUGCUCCACUGGAUCCUGGCCUCUAAGGCCUGGUGCAUCCAUGCCAUCAGCAAAACCAAGUACGAGAAGAUCCAGGAACUGGCGGGAGCUCCCAGCAUGCCUGUCCCGGUGCCAGACUUCCUCUUUGAAAUCACCUACUGCGAAGAAAUGAAUGCCAAAUUUGAGGACACUCAGGCGGGGAGAGACCUCAUCUACGCCUUCCAUGGGAGCCGCUUGGAGAACUUCCAUUCCAUCAUGCACAACGGCCUGCAGUGCCACCUGAACAGGACCUCCUUGUUUGGGGAAGGCACCUACCUGACCAGCGACUUAAGUCUGGCCCUUCUCUACAGCCCGCAUAGCCUGGGCUGGCAGCGAAGCGCAAUGGGCCCGAUUCUCAGCUGUGUCGCGGUUUGCGAGGUCAUUGAUCACCCGGAUGUCAAGUGCCAAGUGAAGAAAAAAGACUCCAAAGAAAUUGACAGGAAAAGGGCCAGGGUGAAGAACAGCGAAGGGGGUGACGUUCCUCAGAAAUAUUUUGUCGUUACAAACAAUCAGCUGAUACGGGUGAAAUAUUUGCUAAUAUAUUCACAGAGGCAGCACCGAAGACUUUCCAGCCAGUCGUGGCUCUCCAAACAUCGUUUUGCGGUGAUGAUGAGUCUCUACCUGCUGCUGCUGGUUAUCAUAGGGACUAGCAACUCUCCAGCUUUCCUCUACUACUGGAACCGGAUUUUUGAUUUCAAGCAAUGACACUCUGGGGGGGGGGGAGAU